AUGUCCGCCGCCUUGACAGACCGCAGAUACUACAGCUCGCCCAAAUUCAUCGACUCUACGGGUGCCGGCAACGUCUUCCUUGGGUCCGUUACCGCCAUUUUCACGAAUACAGGCGGCGAGGGUCUGGCAUCUGCGCACGGCGCUGUCGUAGCCAGCUUCAUCAUUAAGCACACUAGCCCGCCCCAGAGGAAGGCGACCAAAGACAAUGGACUCUGGAACGGAGAAGGCUUCGAGGAUAGACUGAAGCAAUACGAAGUCAAGCCCGCGACAUAG